GAGGUGCUCGCGUCUGCCUCCUUGCUCGUGGAGGCUGCUUCAUCGGCUCCUCGUGGUGACACACAGUCAGGCUCCAGUGGGCCGCACAGUGAGGUGGCAGUAGCAUCAGCGCUGGAGGUGUUUCAGAGCCGAGUGGACCUCUUUCAAGCCGCCUGCGACCGGGCUCAGCAGCAAGUGGACGCAGCAAGGCACCGGCUACUGUCGGAAAGCCUGGUGGACGAAGCAAGAGGCGCAGCAAUUGACACGCCUGCUGUGGGUGCAGCAGGAGGAGAGGGGGAGGCCCAGAUGGUGCUGGGAGCAACUCGGUUGGAGCAGAUCAGCAAGGCAGUGAGAGCCAUGGUGCAGGACCUGCAGCACGGACAUACAGACAAGCACUGA